AUGAAGAUUACCUCUGCGCUCACCGUCAUCCCAUUCUUCGGUCUGGGCUUGGCCUCAUCAAGAGGAGGAAGUGUCCCAGUCCCUCUUGAGCCCUACUUCAACAAUAAAGCAUUCGGUUCACACCCAGGAGAGGCUUCUCUGGAUGCGUUGGGACAGUCCUAUCCAGCCGAACCAAUAGGCUCUGAUGGCAUUUUCACAUCUACGACCAGCGGAGUGAACUACCUCUUUCCCGGAUACAACCCGGUCGCCAAUGCCUCUGACAACGUGAUCUGCACUGGACAAACAAUCUCGGUCCCGCCUUCAGAGAAUUACUUUUCAGCAUCCGUGCUCCUCGUGUCCGAUGUGCGGUCCACAACGGUAUCGGGAAAUCUUACAUUUCUCUAUGCAGACAACACGACGUCCACGGCAGAGGUGCGUGCCCACGCUUUUUGGUGGUUUCUUGCGAUUCGCCGAGGAGAAAUCAGCUACCCGUAUUUCUUCACCCACAACGACACCAACCACAAUGCCUCUCACAUUUACGAGCGCUAUGCCCCCAUUGAGUCUGGCAAACAACUGACGGGUAUCCAACUUCCUCAUACAACCAACUCCACGACGGGCCGGUUGCACGUCUUUGCCUUGUCCUUGUGGGAAGCGGGCGAUUCUGGGGUGCAGGUACAAACUGUCCGGCCCACCCAAAACCUGGACGCUACCAGGAGGCAGAUUGUAGAGGUUGUUAUGAACCAUGCCGGUGAUCGCUGUGUGUCAAACCUUGAGGUAACCCUUGAGGCGAAGGGGGUUAAAACCGCUGAACCAAUGAUUGUCAAGAGAUUUUGCCCUGGGGAUCAGAAAAGAGUCAACGUUGCUGUAGAAGGCACAUAUUCUGGCUCAACAGACGUUCUUGUCAGCUGCCCAGAUUGCAAGCCCAUUAGACACACGACACCUUCUUUGGAUAUCGGAAUCCGUGACUGGACCCCAGACUCCAAGAGUCUCACUACUCAUGAAGUGCCGCAGUGGUAUGACGGAGCCAAGUUUGGCAUCUUCAUCCACUGGGGUCCCUACUCCGUUCCGAGUUGGGGAAACUCUACGCCAUUCGAAAGUUACUCUGAGUGGUUCUGGUGGUACUCUACGCGCGUCAAUGAGCAUGCCGCGGCGGACAGAUCUGGUUUCAAUGCCUACCGCCUGAAGACAUUUGGGCCCGACCUCAAUUAUGAUGACUUUUUUGAUAACUUCACCGCGUCCGAAUAUAAGCCAAAGGAAUGGGUUGAUCUUAUUGCCGACGCGGGUGCGCAAUAUUUCGUGCUCACCACGAAGCACCACGAUGGAUUCAGCUUGUUCGACGCCGCUCCAACAACCAACCGCACUUCUCUCAAUUUCGGACCGAAACGGGAUCUUCUUGGGGAGUUAUUCGACGCUGCAAAGACGCAUCAGCCUCACCUUCGACGGGGAACCUACUUCUCCCUUCCGGAAUGGUUCAACCCCGACUGGGGUAAAUAUGGGUUCACACAAUUUGACCGUGUCACCUCAACCUCUCACCCUGGAAUCAUCGCACGAAACCCAUAUACGGGCCUUGAGGAGCCGUACACUGGCCGCAUCCCAGUAGAUGAUUUCAUCGAAGACUUGAUGGUUCCGCAGAUGGAGGCUCUCGCGUACAAGUACGAGACUGACAUUAUGUGGUGCGACGCCGGAGCAUCAAACGGCACUGACCAAUUCGCCGCCCGCUGGUUCAACUGGGCACGGGAACGGGGCCGCCAAGUCACAAUCAAUGACCGCUGCGGUAGUCCAUGGGCUUCCGACUUUGAUACGCCAGAGUACGCGACAUUCAGCGUGGCCCAGAGGAGGAAAUGGGAGAGUAACCAGGGAAUGGACCCUUAUAGCUAUGGCUUCAAUCGAGCGACGGCGGAUGACGAGUACAUGAACGCCACUACCUUGGUGCACAACUUGGUGGACAUGGUGAGCAAGAAUGGCAACUUUCUGCUCAACAUUGGUCCACGGGCCGAUGGCUCGAUUCACGAAAGCAUGGCGGGCAACCUCCGGGAAGCCGGCACAUGGAUCCAUGCCCAUAGCGAGGCCAUAUUCAACACGACAUAUUGGUACAUUGCACCAGAAGAGGGCAAUCUACGCUUCACUCAGUCAAAUGAUGCCUUCUAUAUCAUGAGUCUUGAAAGGCCGCCGGUGGGCCGCCUGGAAGUCUCUGCCAAGGUUCCUAUUGCCGAGGGGGAUUCAGUUCUUGGUGUCACCCUGGAUGGAGAAUUUGAGAUUGAAUCGGGCAUUACGGAUGAUGGGAAGCUGUGGCUUGACGUGACUGACGAGGUGCUUGGUGCUGACAGAUAUUGUUGGGUUUUCAAAAUUGUCUAUCGAGGAUAA